ACUGUGCUUUCUUCAUUUUACAGAGUUAAGAGGACGGUUUAUAAAGCAUGGGAACUUCCGUCAGGUUUGGAAGAACAUAGAUUGAAUUUAAGAUUCAAGAACAUACAUUGAAAUGCAAGACUGCCACUAAGACCCAUGAACAAUCCCACACUCUCGCUUCUCUAUCGAACUUUAAGAUUGCUUAGUAAUAUGCUGCCUUCGCAAGAUGAAAAGAAGCUAGUGCCAAAAAGGCAUUUUAUUCAAUAUUUGGAAUAGACGUGCUCUUAAGACAAUGGCUUCGAAGGUCUCCUGUUUAUAUGUUUUGACGGUUGUGUGCUGGGCCAGCGCUCUUUGGUACUUGAGUGUAACUCGUCCUACUUCUUCCUACACUGGCUCCAAGCCAUUCAGCCACCUAACAGUUGCUAGAAAAAACUUCACCUUUGGCAACAUAAGAACGCGACCUAUAAACCCACACUCUUUUGAAUUUCUUAUAAACGAGCCCAACAAAUGUGAGAAAAACAUUCCUUUCCUUGUUAUCCUCAUCAGCACUACCCACAAGGAGUUCGAUGCCCGCCAGGCAAUCAGAGAGACAUGGGGAGAUGAGAACAACUUUAAAGGGAUCAAGAUAGCCACUCUCUUCCUCCUAGGCAAGAACGCUGAUCCUGUUCUGAAUCAGAUGGUAGAGCAAGAGAGUCAAAUCUUCCAUGACAUUAUUGUGGAGGACUUCAUUGACUCCUACCAUAACCUUACCCUCAAAACAUUAAUGGGGAUGAGAUGGGUGGCCACUUUUUGUUCAAAAGCCAAGUACGUCAUGAAAACAGACAGUGACAUUUUUGUAAACAUGGACAACCUUAUUUAUAAACUACUGAAGCCCACCACCAAGCCAAGGAGAAGAUAUUUUACUGGCUAUGUCAUCAAUGGAGGGCCAAUCCGGGAUGUCCGUAGUAAGUGGUAUAUGCCCAGGGAUUUGUACCCUGACAGUAACUACCCACCAUUCUGUUCGGGGACUGGCUACAUCUUUUCAGCCGAUGUGGCUGAACUCAUUUACAAGACCUCACUUCACACACGGCUGCUUCACCUUGAAGAUGUCUAUGUGGGAUUGUGUCUUCGAAAGCUGGGCAUACAUCCUUUCCAGAACAGUGGCUUCAAUCACUGGAAGAUGGCCUAUAGUUUGUGUAGGUAUCGCCGAGUUAUCACCGUGCAUCAGAUCUCUCCAGAAGAAAUGCACAGAAUCUGGAAUGACAUGUCAAGCAAGAAACAUCUCAGAUGUUAGGAUUUUUACCGAUGUAAAUACGUUUCUUUUCUUUUUUAAGAAAUGGGGCCUAAGAUACCGGUAUUUUACAGGUGUCACCAGGGGACAUGAACUGGAGAAGGGGUUUUGUAAAAAGUUUUUUCUUCCCAUCCUUAGUACCUUUCUUUGAUUACCAAUGUACAAAUGUGAGGCUCUGGUCAUAGAAACAACACGUAAGCCAGAAGGACCAUGAAUCAUUCUCAGGUCCGACAGCAUUACCAUUUAUCUCAAAAAGCAAGUUCCAAACAACUCUUAGGAUUUACGUAAUCAGGUACUGUGCGCAUCUAAGAUAAAAAUCUGGGUUUGAGAAACUGGAACUCGUAGUAAUGUCUUCAUAUCAUUUCUGCAAAAAAAAAAAGUAAAUAACUUUAAAAUAUUCAGAAAUGACACAUAGUCAGGAAGACACACUGGAUGUGAUUGUUAAUAUUGUGUGUGUUGUUAUUGCACUGAGUUUUUUACACCUAUUUCCAUGUAAUACGUGCAGUAUUAGCACUUCCACCAAGAAAUGAACUUAGUACUGGUGGGGAGGCUGAAGUUAAAUAGAUGGAAAUUUAAACUUGAGAAUCAAAUACUCUUUAUGUUUGGGAGACAACUCUGCUUGCUCAUCCAUGGAAUAAACCUGGCCAGCAGGUGGAAUGUAUAUAAAAUGCUACUUAACUAAGUAAACAAGAGGUUUAUUUUUUGUUGUUUUUGUUUGGCUCUUUCAGAAAAAAACAUGGUGCCUCCAAGGAGACUUUGCCAAGUGUAAUCUCACCUGCUUCCCUCCAUACAGUGUGCUAAGUGCAUUUCACAGUUUCUGGAUCAUGCAGGCACAUGUCUCCAUGUGUAGAAAACAGGUUGAUAGGAGGCCAGAAGAAUGAUAAAUCACACUAAGAAGUACAAAUUUAUGUAUGCAUUAUAAUUUACCUAAGUUUAGCAAUAGUAUAAGAUGCCCCUCACAAAGCAAGGGAGAAAAUCUUUCACAGUCACCAAUUUUAUUGAAAGAGUUGGCCCUGCAGUUGAUAGAUGUAAUGACAGGGAUGGAUUACCCAAUAAUCAAGGUACACACGGACUUAUUUGUGCCACAUCAAGGAUAUGGUGAAACCCAUGUGAAAUCGUGCACUACGGAUUAGUAAGUAAACACAAUUAUGCCCACGUGUGGCUUGCUUACUGGUUAAUCUGAUCCUGCAGUAAUAACCCCAUAACAACUGAAACGUCCAAGUACCUUUAGCUGCAAAGCUACAAUGAGGUGUUCUUGUGGCACUGUGACUGAGGUUCACGGGCAAGAAGCUGGGGAAGCUUGGGGUCGGGUCCUAUUCUUGCCAUCAUACUUAAUGGGUCAUGUGAGCUGGCAUCUUAACCUUGCUGUUCUUCAAUAUGCUCAUUUAUAAAAUGACUGUAAACAAACAAACCCACCUACCUCCCAGGAGCUGUGAGAGCAAAUUGAAUUUGCUAAGUGUUUUGAGAUCCUUAGUUUAAAAGGUGCUACAUAACGCAAUACGUCAUGCAUUAGUCUAAAUGCUAAA